AUGAAUAGAGAGCAGAUGACAGAGAUGGAGGAGGUGGAGAAAGGCGUGGACUCCGCUAUGGAUCAGUGUGAGGACAGAGGGGAGGGAGACCCUCCCUCUGAAACCACUCUGUGUGGGGAACAUGACAGCCAGACCAAAGCUCAGAGAAGGAAGCUGGAACAAUCUGAACCCAGCUGUGUGUCCAUGAAGAGUGACCGGUCUAUGCGUCAUCCUUUACACUUCAUAGAUGAACGCCACUAUGUUGAUCAGAGAGUGGACCAGGAGACCUCAGAGGUUCCGGGUGGUCACUCUGCCCAGCAGCAUCAAACCCACCUGGACUCCGUAUUUGUGCUGCUGGAGGAGAACAUCGUCACAUUUGUGAAGAUUGAGCUGGAGAAGAUCAAGAAGGUUCUGAGUUCAGAUUACCCAGAAUGCUUAGAAAGUCAGAGGGAGGAUGAUGAGGAGCAGAGGAGAAGCAAAGAGUCAUUUCUGAAUAUCACACUUCACUUCCUGAGAAGAAUGAAGAAGGAGGAGAUGGCAGACUGUCUGCAGAGCAGAACUUGUGCUGCAGCGUGCCGACGUAAGCUGAAGUCUAAACUGAAGGAGAAGUUCCAGUGUGUGUUUGAGGGGAUCGCUAAAGCAGGAAACCCAAACCUUAUGAAUCAGAUCUACACAGAGCUCAACAUCACAGAGGGAGGGACUGCAGAGGUCAAUGAUGAACAUGAGGUCAGACAGAUUGAAACAGCAUCCAGGAAACCAGCCAGACCAGAAAGAACAAUCAGGCAAGAAGACAUCUUUAAAGCCUUACCUGGAAGAGAUGAACCAAUCAGAGCAGUGCUGACAAAGGGAGUUGCUGGCAUUGGAAAGACAGUCUUAACACAGAAGUUCACUCUGGACUGGGCUGAAGACAAAACCAACCAGGACAUCCAGUUCAUAAUUCCAUUCACUUUCAGAGAGUUGAAUGUGCUGAAAGAGAAAAAGUUCAGCUUGGUGGAACUUGUUCAUCACUUAUUUCCUGAAAUCAAAGAAGCAGGAAUCUACAGGUUUAAAGAGUUCCAUGUUGUGUUCAUCUUUGACGGUCUGGAUGAGUGUCGACUUCCUCUGGACUUCCACAACACUGAGAUCCUGACUGAUGUCACAGAGUCCACCUCAGUCAAUGUGCUGCUGACAAACCUCAUCAGGGGGAAACUGCUUCCCUCUGCGCGCCUCUGGAUAACCACACGACCUGCAGCAGCCAAUCAGAUCCCUCCUGAGUGUUUUGGCAUGGUGACAGAUGUCAGAGGGUUCACUGACCCACAGAAGGAGGAGUACUUCAGGAAAAGAUUCAGAGAUGAGGAGCAGGCCAACAGAAUCAUCUCCUACAUCAAGACAUCACGAAGUCUCCACAUCAUGUGCCACAUCCCAAUCUUCUGCUGGAUCUCUGCUACAGUUCUGGAUCUGAUGAAAACCAGAGAGGUAGGAGAGCUGCCCAACACCCUGACUGAGAUGUACAUCCACUUCCUGGUGGUUCAGUCCAAAGUGAAGAGCAUCAAGUAUGAUGAAGGAGCUGAGACUGAUCCACAGUGGAGUAACAAGAGCAGGAAAAUGAUUGAGUGUCUGGGAAAACUGGCUUUUGAUCAGCUGCAGAAAGGAAACCUGAUCUUCUAUGACUCAGACCUGACAGAGUGUGGCAUCGAUAUCAGAGAAGCCUCAGUGUACUCAGGAGUGUUCACACAGGUCUUUAGAGAGGAGAGAGGACUGUACCAGGACAGGGUGUUCUGCUUCGUCCAUCUGAGUGUUCACGAGUUUCUGGCUGCUCUUCAUGUCCAUCUGACCUUCAUCGACUCUGGAGUCAAUUUGAUGGCAGAAGAACCAACCACCUCCCGACUGUCCAACGUCUUCAGAGACAAAUGUAAACCAACACAUCUCUACCAGAGUGCUGUGGACAAGGCCUUACAGAGUCCAAAUGGACAUCUGGACUUGUUCCUUCGCUUCCUCCUGGGUUUUUCUGUGCAGACCAAUCAGACUCUCCUCAGAGGCCUGCUGACACAGACAGGAAGUAGCUCAAAUACCAAUCAGGAAACAGCCAAAUACAUCAAGAAGAAGAUCAGUGAAAAUAUGUCUCCAGAGAGAAGCAUCAACCUGUUCCACUGUCUGAAUGAACUGAAUGAUCAUUCUCUAGUGGAGGAGAUCCAACAGUCCCUGAGAUCAGGAAGUCUCUCUACAGAUAAACUGUGUCCUGCUCAGUGGUCAGCUCUGGUCUUUAUCUUACUGUCAUCAGAAACAGAUCUGGACAUGUUUGACCUGAAGAAAUACUCUGCUUCAGAGGAGGCUCUUCUGAGGCUGCUGCCAGUGGUCAAAGCCUCCAACAAAGCGCUGCUGAGUGGCUGUAACCUCUCUGAGAGAAGCUGUGAAGCUCUGUCCUCAGUUCUCAGCUCCCAGUCCUCUAGUCUGAGAGACCUGGACUUGAGUAACAACGACCUGAAGGAUUCAGGAGUGAAGUGUUUUUCUGUUGGACUGAGGAGUCCAUACUGCAGACUGGAAACUCUCAGACUGUCAGGCUGUAUGAUCUCAGAGGAAGGCUGUGCUUCUCUGGCCUCAGCUCUGAGUUCCAACCCCUCCCAUCUGAGAGAGCUGCACCUCUGCUACAAUCAUCCAAGAGACUCAGGAGAGAAGCUUCUGUCUGCUAGACUGAAGGAUCCACACUCGAGACUGGACACUCUCAGGGUGGACCAUGGUGGACUGCAGAGACUGACACCUGGUCUGAGGAAGUAUGCCUGUGAACUGGAACUGGACACAAACACAGUAACCAGAGAGCUUAAACUGUCUGACAACAACAGGAAGGUGACACGUGUGAGAGAGUUUCAGUCAUAUCCUGAUCAUCCAGACAGAUUUGACUACUGGCCUCAGGUACUGUGUAGAACUGGUCUGACUGGUCGCUGUUACUGGGAGGUUAAGUGCAGAGGAGGAGUUUUUAUAUCAGUGAGUUACAGAGGGAUCAGCAGGAAAGGAGACAGUAAAGACUGUGUGUUUGGGGGGAAUGAUCAGUCUUGGAGUCUGUACUGCUCUGAUGUCAGUGGUUACUCUGUCUACCACAAAGACAGAAGCACAGACCUCUCCUCUUCCCCCUCCUUCUCCCCCUCCUCCUCUGGUAGAGUAGCAGUGUACGUGGACUGUCCUGCUGGCUCUCUGUCCUUCUACAGAGUCUCCUCUGACACACUGAUCCACCUCCACACCUUCAACACCACAUUCACUGAACCUCUUUAUCCUGGGUUUAUGUUAAGUUCACCUGAUUCCUCAGUGUCUCUGUGUUCUCUGUGCACCAUCACUCAGACUCAGCACUGA